UUCAACCCUCCGGCUGAUUUUCAGCAAGCUAAAGAGGACAAGGUUGGAGGGUCAGAAAGCUCAUAUCGGGAGACCACACCGGGGAGAGGGAAUCACGUGAAGAAGAGUCCCUCUGCUCAGCCCGGACCAUUGCAGUCGAUCAGCCUCCUGCACACCCAGUACCAGCACUGACCAAACUAAAAAGGCGGCUCUCUCUUCCCUCUCUGCCCGUUUAUGGAAGUAAUCAUGUGGCAGAUAGCUGAUCAGCUUCCCUGGAUUUCGCCGACAACGCCGCUUUGUUUCGCCUGAAGAUGGAAACACUGGAGUCGGAGCUGACCUGCCCAAUUUGUCUGGAGCUCUUCGUGGACCCACUGCUCUUGCCCUGUGCACACAGCCUGUGUUUUAACUGCGCCCACCGUAUCCUCAUCUCCCACUGCACUCCCAGCGAGCCCAUACAGUCCAUCAACGCAUUUCAGUGCCCCACCUGCCGCUAUGUCAUUGCCCUCAACCAGAGGGGCCUAGAGGGACUCAAACGCAACGUCACCCUGCAGAACAUCAUCGACCGCUACCAGAAGGCUUCUUUAAGCGGGCCCAACUCCCCCAACGAGACCCGCCGCGAGCGGACGACGACGACGACGACGACCCCCGACAGCAAAGCCAUGACCUCCCCCGGCGACCGGGUGCAGUGCCAGUUCUGCGAGCAGGACCCGCCGCAGGACGCCAUCAAGACGUGCGUCACCUGUGAGGUGUCCUACUGCGACGAAUGCCUCAAGGCCACCCACCCCAACAAGAAGCCCUUCACGGGCCACCGUCUCAUCGAGCCCCUGCCGGACGCCCACCUGCGAGGGCUGAUGUGUCUGGAGCACGAGGACGAGAAGAUCAACAUGUACUGUGUGACAGACGAACAGUUGAUCUGUGCCCUGUGUAAGCUGGUUGGCCGUCACCGGGACCACCAAGUGUCAGCCCUCAGCGACAGAUAUGAGAAACUUAAGAGAUCUCCCGGCCGCUUUCUCAGUGAGAGGAAGGCUCAGGCAGACCAGGAGACAGACCAGCAAGCCUUGGAUUCCAACCUCGGCAGCCUGAUCAAGAGGACCAAUGAGCUGGAAACUCUAAUGGGCAAACUCAUCCAGACCUGCCAACACGUGGAGGUAAACGCAUCAAGGCAAGAAAACAAGCUGCUGGAAGAAUGUGAUCUGCUGGUUGACAUCAUACAGCAGAGGAGGCAAAUAAUCGCUACCAAGAUCAAGGAGGGAAAGUCUGUGCGGCUGAGGAAACUAGCCCAGCAGAUAGCCGGUUGCAAACAGUGCAUCGAGAGGUCCUCCUCCCUCAUCACGCAGGCAGACCACACCCUAAAGGAAACAGACCAUGCCCGUUUCCUGCAGACGGCCAAAAGCAUCUGUGAGAGAGUGGCCAUGGCAACAGCCUCCUCUCAGAUCCUGCUACCCGAGAUCAACCUGAAUGACACCUUUGAUACCUUUGCUCUAGACUUCACCAGGGAGAAGAAAAUGUUAGAAAACUUGGAUUACCUCACAGCACCGAACCCACCAGUUAUCCGCGAGGAGCUGUGCACAGCUUCGUACGACACCAUUACUGUUCACUGGACAUCGGACGACGAGUUCUGCGUCGUGUCGUAUGAGCUUCAGUACGCCAUCUUCACCAGCCAUGCCAACGUUGUCAGUUUGUGUAACUCGGCUGAUAGCUGGAUGAUCGUACCAAACAUCAAGCAAAACCACUACACGGUGCAUGGACUCCAGUGCGGAACCAAGUACAUGUUCAUAGUCAAGGCCAUUAACCAGGCUGGAAACCGCAGCAGUGAACCCGGGAAGCUAAAAACCAACAGUCAGCCAUUCAAGUUGGACCCAAAAUCCGCUCACCGAAAGCUGAAGGUGUCCCAUGACAAUCUGACGGUGGAAAGGGACGAGACGUCGUCCAAGAAGAGUCACACCCAGGACCGCUUCACCAGCCAGAGCAGCUACGGGGUCACAGGGAACGUGUACAUUGACAGUGGCCGCCAUUACUGGGAAGCUCUGAUUGGAGGAAGCACUUGGUUUGCAGUGGGGAUUGCGUAUAAGUCGGCGCCGAAGCAUGAAUGGGUAGGCAAAAACUCGGCCUCCUGGGUGCUGUCUCGCUGCAACAACUCUUGGGUGGUACGUCACAACAGCAAGGAGAUGCCCAUCGAGCCCUCCCCACACCUGCGACGUGUCGGGGUGUUGUUGGACUACGACUCCGGGUCUCUGUCCUUCUAUGACGCCGUUGGGUCCCAGCACCUGUACACCUUUGACAUUGCCUUCGCCCAGCCUGUCUGUGCUGUGUUCAACGUGUGGAACAAGUGUUUAACAAUCCUCACGGGACUGCCCAUCCCGGAUCACUUAGAGGGGACCGACUACCACAAUUGAAGAAACUUGUCUUGCUGGAUAGUCACUGUACAGCCAGAACCGGACCAGUGUGACCACUGCACAGACUGUGCAGGAGACAGGAUCAGAACAACAGCUGGGCUGCAGGACAGAAGGGGCUCAGCAGCCUUCUCAGGCCUGUCUUUUCUAACCGAGCGAAAAGUUGAUUGUUGAAUUAAUGCAAAAAAACAAAACACAAACAAAAAAAAUGCAUAGAUGUAUUUUUUGCUUUGCACAUUCAUGUAUUGUACUCAGCUGGUUAGUGUUAUUAGGGUUUGAUUUAAACAACAACAAAAAAAAACAUGGUUAAUAUUUUGAAAUGUAUUGCGUUAUUUUCAUGCAGGCCCAAGAUUGUCUUAUUUUUAUGCAUCUUUUUACGCAUGUGUUGUUAACAGGGUGACUAGGAACAGUUCGGUCCAAGUGAUGGUAUUGGCAUUUGGCUUAUCGUGACGCUGGUGGUGACUUAAGUCCGCUGCCCUUUUUAGUUUCUUGAAGGUUAUUAGAUAAGUUGACUAUUUCUAGGGGUAUAUAUAUAUAUAUAAAAUAUAUAUAUGUAACAAAAAGAUUAUUUAUAGAUUGUAUUUUCAGAUGUUUUGCAAACAUUUUGUUUAAGUCGUAGCACUUUCAGCACACAGAUCCUGCCACCGCUGAGCUUACUGGGCCGGGUCACACAUGUCUCACCGGGCCGGGUCACACAUGUCUUACUGGGCCGGGUCACACAUGUCUUACUGGGCCGGGUCACACAUGUCUCACCGGGCCGGGUCACACAUGUCUUACUGGGCCGGGUCACACAUGUCUCACCGGGCCGGGUCACACAUGUCUUACUGGGCCGGGUCACACAUGUCUUACUGGGCCGGGCCACACAUGUUGUGCUGCAAAUGUUUCCUUGUCAUCUGUUCAGGGAAAGAAAGCACAAUGAUAGAUUCGACAUCAUUUUAAUUAUUUAAAAAAUUUAAAUUUGGCGGCAUCCAGGUAGCGUAGCGGUCUAUUCCGUCGCCUACCAACACAGGGAUCGGUGGUUCGAAUCCCCGUGUUACCUCCGGCUUGGUCGGGCGUCCCCUACAGACACAAUUGGCCGUGUCUGCGGGCGGGAAGCCGGAUGUGGGUAUGUGUCCUGGUCGCUGCACUAGCGCCUCCUCUGGUCAGUUGUGGCGCCUGUACGGGGGGGGGAAUAGCGUGAUCCUCCCACGCGCUACGUCCCCCUGGCGAAACUCCUCACCGUCAGGUGAAAAGAAGCAGCUGGUGACUCCACGUGUAUCGGAGGAGCAAGGCCCACAAGAGGACACCGUCACAUAACCUCACACAAACAGGAACAACUUUUGGGUCCGUGGAAACAUAAAAUCCGGGUGAAAAUCAGUUUAAACUGAUCUGCUCCUUUUAAAAAAUUGGGGGUACUUUUCGCUGAAAAUCAGUAAAGACCGAAAACGCCGAGCCUUGCGGAGGAGGCAUGUGGUAGUCUGCAGCCCUCCCCGGAUCGGCAGAGGGGGGCGGAGCAGAGACCGGGACGGCUGGGAAGAGUGGGGCAAUUGGUCGGAUACGAUCGGGGAGGGAGGGAGGGGGGGGGUGUAAAUUUGAAAUCAAAACGUUAAAAGAAUUAUUCCGUGUGUUAAUUGUAAACACGUCUUCUCGUGUAGAUAGAAUUCAGCAGGCAUCUAGAAGACGAGUUUCACUCUGGCCUCACACACACAACACAAGGCAGGGAGAAAGAGGUGGAAGACGAACACACCUCGUUCCCAGCUCAGUGCUGCGCCGCCAUUCCCACACUCCAGUAUCUCUGUGUGCAGAAUGUAAAUAAAGUGACUUUUGUU